UCCCACGAUGCAACAUUUCGCCAACAUGGCCGAUCCGCAAACGACCAAAAAGGGACCUAGUGCUAUAGACAUGGACACUGGACAGCUGUUUGAAACAUACACCAUUGAAGAGAUACGCAAAAUAGAACGAGAAACAAGGGCGGAGAUUGAGAAGAAGAAGGAGGACUUGAGGCAAAUGGUGGGGGAACGCUACCGUGACCUUAUUGAUGCUGCCGACACCAUCUCAGAUAUGAAAGCCUGCACAGAAAAGAUAGUGACAGCUGUACAGGGCAUGCAGGGCUACUGUACCAAGCUGCAGAAGACCCAUAUGGUGAAAGGAGUGCUAGCCUCUCCUAGAGGGACUAAAACAGACAGGUCUUCCCAGAACGACUUCUAUGCCAUCGCUUCCCAGACCAAGCUCCUUAUGGACAUGCCAGAAAAGAUCUGGAGUGCCAUUGAGAGCAGUGAGCACCUGAUAGCCACGGAGCUCUACCUGCUGGCUUGUCACAUCGUGAGCAGCCUGCAGCUGGACAGCAACACCCAGCAGUCCGCUCAGCUCCUGGCGUGGUUCCCCGUGCUGUCCAGGCAGUGGGCCGCCAUCAGCCACUUCAAGGCCGGUAUACUGCAGAGCUGUCGGAAAUUACUGAAGAAUGGCAGUGUUUCUGAUCAGGCAACAGCUGAAGCUCUUUGUUCCAUCAUGCUGCUUGAGGAGAGCUCACCGCGCCAGGUGUUCACCGAAUUCCUACUGGCAAGAAAGGCUGCAGUACAACACUGCUUUCAUUCAAGUCAACAAGGCAUGGGCGUUAGAGGCCAGAUCUGCAGUGUGACGGAACUGAUCUGUGUUACCGUGAAGCAGAUCUAUGCUGUGUUCUACCAUCAAGAAGACAAGAAAGAGGAAGAUCAUUCCAAUCUGUUGCUGAAGACGCUUCAAGAAGUUACCAGUGAACAGCAUGCGUCCAAAAAGAAAACUGGCAUUCUUCAGAGUGAGAUGGUGUCUGCUUCAUUCACAAAACAUCUUCCAAGCUCUGUCAUUGGUUUCCGCCCCUCACCUCGUACUCCGAGCACCGCCAUCGCCCCCAGCUACCUGCAGCAGAGCCUGGAGCAGUGGGUGGAGACGUGCAUACAGGACGUGCACAGCGGAGUGGGCAAACUGCUGGGUCAUGUGACUUCCAUGAAGGCCCUCGCCACCAUACGGGAUGCCGUCUGGGACUUGCUGGCGGAGGAUAAUGGUGAGGUCAGCUGGUCCACCGUCUGUCAGUGUGUGCUAGACAGGCAACUGUCACUAUGGGGAGAGUUCAUCAGGCCUCUGUUCCUCACCAGGGUACAGGCCAUCAUCCAGGAUGCCCUGGACCUGACUUCCACUGGCACCCAGAGGCACACCCAGCAGGCCCUUAGCGACCUGGGCUCACCGACAGCCGAGCAGGACAUAGCCGCCUACGUGUGGGCCGAGGCGCCCAACGACACCCCUAUCCCGGCGGCCUGGAAGGGUGGCGGAGGGACGCUGGUCAAGCAGGCUGGGGAACCCGGUGGGCUGUACAUGAAGGCCAGGGCUUUCACCCCUAGGACGCAGGGAAUCUGCACUUCGCUGGACAGUCAGCUCAAAGCCCUCUUGGAGGACAUGGCUUACUAUACAGAGAGCCCCGCCCCUCAACCGAGACUGUCCUCCGCCGACAAAGGGACCAAAAAAGCUGAGCCGUUUGACAGAUUCGCAGACACAGUCACACUCCAUAGCUUCCUCCAGAUCUCCUGCACAACGUGUCUGCAGAGAUUGUUAGGCAUCGUCGGCAAGCAGUUGGAGGAGACUAAAUCUCAGCUGGACACCUGUGUUCAUCUUGGACAGACAGAGCAGAGCUCUAGGGUUGUGGAUAGGGCCCUGCUCCUGGGUCGUCUCUGCUCGGCCCUCGUAGAGCUUUGCCCCAACCUGCAGAAGGCUGCCAACAUAGCUGAGCCCGAGACCAAGCCAUCCAAGCCUGAACCACAGAGUUGGCUGAGGAGUAAACUGAUGGGGAAACGUUCUGCCAGUAAACCUGAGACUGAAGAGGAGACCGAGUGGGAUAAUCUGAAGGGGCUCUUACUCCAGCAGAGCAAAGACGCUUACAGGGUCUGGAGUGAUUUCACAGCAUCCAGGGUCUUGGCGGAUUUCGGCAAGUACCUGACUGAUCCCAGUAGCGAAGCAGCCUUGAAGGCUGCCACGCACUGGGACACAAUUGAGAUACAAGAAGAGUCAGAAGAGGGCAAGAAGGUGACAUCUAAGGUCCAAUUACCAGUGCAGGCGUCCUGGUAUGUCCAAACCGUGCUCUACUCACUGUGUGAAGAAAUCAACAGAGUUGGUGGUCAUGCGCUGUCUCGCUCCAUCCUCUCUGGACUGAUCCAGGAGACCAGCAGCGGCAUCCUUGCCCUGUACAAGAAGCACCUUGAUGAGCACCGCAGCCAGGCGGAUCGCCUGGCCCUGUCCCAGUCACAGGCCUUGCAACUGCUCUUUGACGUCCGCUUUGUGGCUGCCAUCAUGUCUGGUCGUGGGGAGGAUGCCAAGAAGAAUUCCACUCACAAAGAUAAUGUCCAGAAGCUUGUUGACCGGCUGGAGAACACCAUCGAUCCUUUUGACCUGGACGUCUUCCUGCCUCAUCUACAGACCAACCUCAGUAGGCAUACACAGAGAUGCACGAUGCUGUUGGGUGCCUUAGCCAGCCCAGACAAGCACAUGUACUCCUCCCAUCGCGCCGUGCCAUCAGGAUACCAGGAGCAGCAUAAUGUGCUACCCUUGGCCAGCAGCCAGGGACGUUUUACCUUGUUGCCUCUCAGCACGACCUCGUCACAGUCGCUGCAGAGGUCUCUUCCUAGACCCCUACCCCAGCCGGCAUCCCCAGUGGCUCUACCUCAGGACCCGUCUUCCCCACCUCCCGUGCUGCACAAGUCUCGCACCGCCCCCUCUUCCCUCUACUCCAAGUUUGGCUCUCUGAAGACGGGCUGGCUGGCCAACAUCAGCGGCGCCCAGUAAGAAAAGCUUAGGAGAAAAGGUCAGUGCACUGGGGGAGAUUGAGCAUUUCAACAGACCCUGGGGGUUGAUGGGUCCGGAACCAGGUCGCAUGUGUUCAUCUCUCCGCUGUGCCAUGUCAGGUCUGCCUUGCCAUCUAGUCUGCAUGCAGUGAAAGAAAUGCCCUAUAAAUCAAGGUACAAUUGGUAGCAUCAACUGAUAACACACAGGACACCAUUUAAUGCCCCUCUGCUUGAAUAUGGCAAAAUAUCUGUUAAAUUGUUCCAUUGGCAGAGGAAGCUGUAAUGAAAUGUUAUUCAAAACAUCUACAGUUCAUUUUAAUGUUCUUUAAGUAACUUCCUGUUGUAAGUCUUUCUGUCUCUCACCACCCACCCCAGCUUUAUCAUUUAUUUGUCAUUUUUUUCUAAAAUGUUAUAACCGAUUAAACAGUUCCUCAAUUGAAAUAUCCCCACAUUUUUCAAAUUUGCCUGUAACAGUUUUUAUCUAAAAUGUCAGUGACAGCUCCUCAUCCAAUUUUAUUUUAUUUUUUUUUUAGGUUUAGCUACACUGCAGCAUUAAAUUUGGCACCGUUAGAUUUUUGUGGCUGUGAUCGGCUCUGCCGAUGACUCUCUCACAUGCCCAUGCUUCAUUUCCAAUACACAGAUUGUGGGCCAUUCAUAAGUGCAGCCUUCUCACCCCUUCAAUAUUAACUUUGAAGCUAUAAAUAUCACCUCAAUUGUCAUUAAGGCAUACCUAGUUUGAGCUACUUCUGGUUUUCUGUCUAAAUACUCUCCUGGAAUUUACUAUCAAGCGUUUAGAGUUGAAAGUACAUCCAUGAGGAAGACAAUAAAUCAUGCAGUACAGAUUCCAGAAA